UGAUGCCCGAAUUGUGAUACUUCUAUGCAAUUAACUCCCGAAACGGAAACACCAAACCCCCCCUCGACCGCCGACCAUGGCGGAGGCCGCGGCCGCGGCCGCAGGAGCGACGCCUCUCCUCCGCAACCUCCCUGACGAGAUCGUGCUCUGGGAGAUCCUCGCCCGCCUCGACCCCAGAUCCCUCGUCCGCUGCCGCGCCUGGCGCCGCGCCACCUCCACCCGCCGCUUCCUCCUGGCCCACCACGCCCGCCAGUCCGCCCUCCCCAUCGUCGCCGACAACGGGCACCGUACCUUCCUCGCCUUCGACCACCGGGCCGCCGCCGCCGACGCCCAGUUCCACACCGUCGCCCGGCUUGGCGAGUCCUUCAGUCUGGAGCUCUGCUGCGACGGUCUCCUCCUCAUCGCCAAGUCUGGCAUGCUUGGCAGUCGCGCCCGCCUCGCCGUCUGCAACCCGGUAACGCGUCAGCACGCCUCCCUCCCGCCGCUGACGGACUUCAACAUCCUGGGGAUGUACCUACACGGACCUACCGGCGAGUACCGGCUGUUACUGCAGUGGAGGAGUGCAAUGGACUGGGGGGACGACAGUGACUGUGACUCGCCUACAGGCAAAAAUGGCUGCUAUGUCUUUGCGCUGGGAUCCGACCAGCCACCGAGGUACAUCGGGUUGUCGGAGCCCAAAUUCUCGUCGGCUUACUUCCACGGACCUGCCCGGGUGUGUGAUAGCCUGCAUUGGUGCCUGUUUUAUCGCCCAGGCGAGAACCCACUGGAGGAUUGUGAGGCUGGAUGGGAACUGGUGGUAUUUGACACCAUAGCUGAGUCGUUUCGGCAGAUGCAUGCUCCAGCUGAUCCCACCAAGUCAUUCAUCUUUCAGAUGGAUGACAUGCUUGGCAUCUAUUGCUGUAACAAGGAUGCGGAAGUUGUUGAUAUAUGGGUGUUGCCAAACUACGAAAGUGAGGUUUGGGACUUAAAGUACCGGGUUGCAUUGCCAAUCACAGAAAUCAGGGGAAAGCUUGAAGGCCAUGAUGGUGAGGCCUAUUGGUAUGCGACCGUUGCUUCGGGUGGUGGUGACAUGCUCUUGCUGGUCAGUUUUGGUUUUUGGCUGUUUUACGUUGACACUAAUGGCAAACUGGUCGCUAGCUUCCAAGACAUCUUUCCCUCUAGGCAUCGGCUCAAACAAACUCUUGUUCCGCAUGAUUUCUUCAGAACAGUAAAAGGUCAGGCUGUCGACGCUUCACCUUUGAUCUGACGGCUGUUGAGAGAUGCGGUGCUUCUUAACGGCCUAGUUUUCGUAUCCUCGCGAGUUGCAAUGUCUGUGUAUUGGAUCAAGUAUGGGCCUGCUGAUUUCUUCUUUUUGUGUCGAUGAAAAGUGACUGUCAUGUGGUUGCAUGAAAGCUAUGCUUGUUUCAGGCUUUAGAUACCAUUUCGGGAUGAAGUGACUAUUGCUUGUGUUGAUGCUAAUAUUACCAAGCCAUUUUGUUCUGCUUUUGAAAUAUUUUCGAACUUAUCCGCCUCAUGUCUCUAUUUUCUUGGGCUGAGGACAUCCUUC